AUGGAUCACUCCAUCAAGAAAAAUCAAUCAGAGGGGCGUGAUCAUAAUGGCAGUUACCAAGGCGGAUACAAUGAAUAUCUUCGACAUCCGUUGAAAUCACAUGGCAAGCAUAAGAGACCCAGACCAAAUUACGGAGUCCCUAAAUCACAACACGGGCCACCCAAGGGACAAUACGGUGCAUACAAGCCAAACAAUAAGGCUCCACCAUUUCCGGGUUAUAGCCAAUCAGCUUACAACCCACCUUCGUACAGUUCUUAUUCGGAUUACAGUCCUCCAGAAUACAGUCACCCAGAUUAUAGUUCAUCUGAAUAUAGUUCUGCCUCUUACAGUCCUCACUCUUACAGUUCCCCAGUCUACAAUCCUCCAGCACCUUAUUCUCCCCCAUACGCUACAAGCUAUGAUCCCACAGCUUAG